AUCAUUGAUUGGAGGGUAAACCUUACUUGGUCAUUUCAGUCCUUAGUGGUCUAGUGUUUUUUUCUCUUCUUAACUCGCGGUUGUAACAGCAGUAUGAAUACUCACCCCUGGUAAAAAUGAUCGUAACUACAUAGCUGGCCGAAAGAGCAAAAGUUUUCAUCUUUUUUCUCUCAUGUUGAGGAGGACAACGUUCCAGAGAGAUCUCAAUAACUAAUUCAUAAUUACUCCACUAGGGUAGCAAUUCAUGGAUUCUGUCCUUGGUAAUUUGCCAUCUUAUAACCCUCACAAUUUCAGUCAGAUUCGACCUUCAGAUCCUUCUAGUUCUUCUAAAAUGACAAUAACUACUUACCAUCCUACUCACGACAGGACCCUUCCACCACCUGAUCAAGUGAUAAACACUGAAGCAAAAAAUAUUCUCCUAAGACAUAUUUAUCAGAACGCUCGGGAAAAGGUUAGUUUUGAAAGUUUGUUUUAGCACAGUUGAAACCAAAAAGAGCUGCAGCUGGUAACCUUUUACCAGAACAUGGAUGCAAGCAACCUAGGGUUUCCACCUGACAGUGUUCAUUGACCAACUAGUGCAUGCAGUUCUCAGCUACUUUCUCGAAUGAUAUAUACUCUUAUUUUAUUACCAAGAUUUUGGUGCUUGUUUGAAAUUGUAAACUAUUAUUAGUCCGCUACAUACUUGGAGUGUGUAAAUUUGACAACUCCCCCACCAAUCAAUCAAUAUAUACAACAACUGAAAUUAUCAUGCUUUUAUUGUGUA